UGCCCCGCCCCUGCCCGGUGCGGCUGUCUUGAGCGCUGCCUGACCCGCUGUGCGCGACUGAGAGGGUGAGUUUGCUUUGCCUGGGCCUGAUCGGCAGCCUGAGAUAAUCGGCGUCAUCAUGGCUGGGGGGGACUCAGCCCUAGAGGUGCGGAGUUGACCAGCUAGCGACUUUCUGGAUCACCGGCUUCUCUCUGGGCGAGCGGCGCAGGGACCUCGGGCCCGGACCUCUUUCCGUCAAGAUGGCGGCGCCCAGCGCGCACGGAGGAUGCUAGGCGAGAGGUUGAGCUCAGUGAUUGCAGAGCGAGUGUGUGGUCGCGCUGCUGACUUCGAAACGCCCGCGGUCUGCGUUUCCCCGGCGAAUGCUGGAAUUUGUGAGAAGCUUCUAUAAUGGUCUGUUCAGCCUUCAUAAGAGCUGCCCAUGAACACAUUUACCUACUAAGGAAGGUCAGUCAUGUCUUCAGAUGCCAUCAGCAUCGGGCCUGGGGCUCAAGGCCAGCUACUUCCCAGUUCGUUGCCCAAGCUGCUCCGGGCAGUGUGGUAGAGGUGCUGGGAAAAUCCUACCCUCAGGAUGACCACACCAACCUCACCCAGAAGGUCCUUUCCAAGGUGGGCAGGAACCUGCACAACCAGAAGUACCACCCUCUGUGGCUGAUCAAGGAGAGGGUGAAGGAGCACUUCUACCAGCAGUACAUGGGCCGGCCCAGGACCCCUCUCUUCUCCGUCUACGACCAGCUUCCUCCAGUAGUCACCACCUGGCAGAACUUUGAUAGCCUGCUAAUCCCAGCGGACCACCCCAGCAGGAAGAAGGGGGACAACUACUACCUGAAUCGGGUGCACAUGCUGAGAGCACACACGUCGGCACAUCAGUGGGACCUGCUGCAUGCAGGACUCAAUGCCUUCCUCGUGGUAGGAGAUGUGUACAGGCGGGAUCAGAUUGAUUCCCAGCACUACCCAGUUUUCCACCAGCUGGAGGGUGUCCGGCUCUUCUCCAAGCAUGAGUUAUUUGCUGGCGUAAAGGAUGGAGAAAGCUUGGAGCUCUUUGAAGAAAGUUCUCGCUCUGCUCAUAAGCAAGAGACACACACCAUGGAGGCUGUGAAGCUUGUGGAGUUUGACCUUAAACAAGUACUGACAAGGCUUAUGACACAUCUUUUUGGAGACGGGCUGGAGGUCCGGUGGGUGGACUGCUACUUUCCCUUUACCCAUCCUUCCUUCGAGAUGGAGAUCAACUUCCGUGGAGAAUGGCUUGAAGUCCUUGGCUGUGGAGUGAUGGAACAGCAGCUUGUCAAUUCAGCUGGUGCUCAAGAUCAAAUUGGCUGGGCUUUUGGCCUGGGGUUAGAAAGACUGGCUAUGAUCCUCUACGAUAUCCCUGACAUCCGCCUCUUCUGGAGUGAGGACGAGCGCUUCCUGAAGCAGUUCCGCCUAUCAGACAUCAAUCAGACGGUCAAGUUUCAGCCUCUUAGCAAGUACCCCGCUGUCUUCAAUGACAUUUCCUUCUGGCUGCCCUCCGAGAAUUACACGGAGAACGAUUUCUACGACAUCGUCCGAACAGUCGGAGGAGACCUGGUGGAAAAGGUUGAUCUUAUAGACAAGUUUGAACACCCAAAGACACACAGGACCAGCCACUGCUACCGCAUCACCUACCGCCACAUGGAGCGGACACUGUCCCAGAGAGAAGUCAGUAGUGUCCACCAGGCUGUGCAGGAGGCCGCCGUGCAGCUGCUGGGUGUGGAGGGCCGUUUUUGAUGCCCUGCUUUUACCCAGGCUGCAGCCCUCAUGGAGCUCCAAGACUCACUGGAAAAGGGGAAACACGUUGCUUGUGAACUGGAGUAUCUGUCAUCUUUUGAUAAAUGGGUCUGCUUUAGGACUUUCAGGAAAUAAAGGAUCACUUUUGAGAAGCA